CUCGGCACCCGCCCGGGGCUCGCGUGCUCCUCCGCGCCCCCGGUCGCCCGCUCGGCGCCGCCCUUCCUCCGCUCCGACCCGCCGCACGCGGCGCCGCUCGCGCGACUUCCGCAAGAGGACGCUCUCCCUCAGUCCAAGCGCAGGCGGCUGCAGCGGGCGGCGGCGUGGGUGCGUCGCGGCCUUUCGGACGGCGUCGCCGACAUCCUCGCCGUCGCGCUCACGCGGCGGCGUGUGCGCGACGGCCCGCCGGCGGCGGCGGCGGGCGCUGCGCCGCAGCGGCAGGUGGCGAGGUACUGGGCGCCCUCGCGCGAGCAGGUGGCGCGGCGGCACCGGAUCAUCCGGGAGCUGGUCUGGAUGGACGCGGAGGGGCAGCUGCAGCGCUUCGUCCGCUCGCUCGAGGGUCGGUGGGAGAGGGGCGCCGAGCGGCUCGCCGCAGAGCCCUGGACGGCGGCCGAGGUGCUCACCGAGGCGGUGCAGCAGGUGCAGGGGCAGCUGGCGCGCUCGCUCAAGCCGCGCGACCCGCUCAUCCAGUGGCACCUCAAGACGCUCGACCCGCAGCAGCCGCAGGGCGCCUUCGACGAGUGCGUCCUCGUGCACGGGCGCGAGAGCUGCGCGGCGCGGUACGCAGAGCUACGCGAGGCGCUGCGCUCGGUGAUCCCGUGCUUCGUCGCGCUCAUCUCCGAGGCGGUGCGGCGGCGGCCCGCCCUCGCACACCGCAUCUCCGCGCAGCUGCUGCUCGCCGCCGGCGUGCUCGCUUCGUGGCGCGCCGCCGCCCUCCUCCGCCUCUCUCGCCGGCGGAGGUACGAGAUGCUGACCAACUUCCUCGCAAUCACCAGCGGGCUCGUCGCCGAGUGCCGCGCCGCCGUCGAGGCGCCGAGGGCGCUGCCGGCGGCCGGGGGCGCCGUGCGGGGCCGACGCCGCUGAAUCGGCGGCUUGUUCUUCAUGCUCUAUCGCGCGGAGCAGAGGAUCGUUUGUGUAGAGAGCGCCGCCGGCGGGCGGCGCAACCCUGCGGGGAUGCAUGUAACCUCCCCCUCCCCCACCCCCCUCCCCGACCCCGAUGGCGACGCGCUGCGCGCGGAGCCGAGAGUGGCGGGGUGGUGCGGCCAGUUUUGUUGCCUCUAGCGCAUGGAGGUUUGAGGGCGGGCAGCGCGCCGAAAGGCGCCUGUCUGCUCUGACUCUUGCUGUUGGGCUCAAGAGUCAGGCCUGACCCGCCUGGUCUCUUCUCUCGUGCUCUGGUAUGUAUCUCUUUUUUCGUGCGUUCCUGUUCUGGUAUGAGUUUGUGUAUGGUAUGAGUUUGUGGUAUUC